AUGCGUAUCAAGUACUGCGCUGACUACAGCAAAUGGCCAAACGCCUCAAAACUGAUGAGCACUUACGGUGAUAAUCUGAAUCUCUACGAAACACUGUACGCCUUCCAGAAGCCGUAA